GCCGACGCCCGUUUUUUUGGUUCUGGUUUGGGAGAUCAUCAACUGGCAGCGACUGGAGCGGAAAGUUCCUCCUCGUCUUCACAUAUUCGUAUCUGCUCGCGUUCCACUGCUGUAAAAGCAACCUUUUCACACCCUCAUUCCUUUUUUCGCUCCUUUUUCGAUUUCGGACGCGGAUCCUCCAUUGUCGACUCUCUCGGUAUCUUCCUUACAGCAUAUCCAAACAAUCAAGAUGGGCGAAUCUCGGCAAGAACUCGUGCAAUGGCUCAACAACCUCCUUCAGCUCAACAUCACCAAGGUCGAGCAGUGCGGCACCGGCGCCGCGCUCUGCCAGGUGUACGACAGCAUCUUCCUUGAUGUGCCCAUGUCCCGCGUCAAGUUCAACGUGAACACCGAAUACGCCUACAUCCAGAACUUCAAGAUCCUGCAGAACACGUUUACAAAACACAACAUCGAGCGGUCCAUUCCCGUCGAAGCACUCGUCAAGUGCAAGAUGCAGGACAACCUGGAAUUCCUUCAGUGGACGAAGAAGUUCUGGGACCAGUACUACCCGGGCGGAGAGUACGACGCCGUCGGCAGGCGGAAAGGCGCCCAGGUGGCUCCCACCACUGGUCCGGCUCCUCCUCGCGCUGCUAGCGGCGCCGCGAGACGCCCCGGCGGCACAACCCCGACCACGGGUCCUCGCGUCGGCACCAAGGCCGUGAGCAGCGCCGCGACCGCCGCUCUGCAGCAGGAGAACAACACGUUGAAGGAGACGGUUGUCGGGCUGGAGCGGGAGCGCGACUUCUACUUCAGCAAGCUGCGCGACAUCGAGCUCCUGAUCCAGCAGGCGAUCGAGGAGGACCCCGAGCUCGAAAAGGCCGAAGACGGGCUUGUCAAGCAGAUCCAGACCAUCCUCUACUCGACUGAGGAGGGAUUCGAGAUUCCCGAGACGGAGCAGGUGGAUGAUCAGGAUACGUUCUGAAAAGGGUCGAGAGGGGUUGGCUGAGCGGGGGGCUGAGCGGGCUCUGGUAAAAUGGGCACCAGGGGGCCGAGGGGGUAGAGGGGGUGGAGAGAGCAUGGCGCGAAGGUUAUGGAGGAGGUAAUUACUCGAGUUUGCGGGCGCGCUCCCCGGAGAAACGUGAUGCAUAUGACACGGGAGCGCGGUCGGUAAUGGCAGAACAAGGGAUGGUCUUUGGUAUGGAGUGGCCCUCUAUAUCCUUGCACACGUUGGGUGCUGUCUCUGCCGUUCGCGUUUGGCUUACUAGCAUAGCCUGCGCGAAAUUCAUUGUUUGCCUGUGAGAAUAGACUAUGGGAACUUUGCUGAGUCCGAUAUUUAUCGGAUCUGCUCCGCUGGGGAAGUCUUCGUAUCGCCUUCUGUUGAUGAAUUCUUCUUGGCAU